GUAAUUCCGUUUCCGGCGUCUCGGACAGUUCCGCCAUGGCCUCCUUGGAACUGAGUCGUAGUCCUCUUAGGUCUCGGCGGGAGCCGGAGGUGUGCAGCGCGGGACAGGACAAGUAUUCGGUGCUUUUGCCCACCUACAACGAGCGCGAGAAUCUGCCGCUUAUCGUGUGGCUGCUGGUGAAAAGCUUCUCCGAGAGUGGAAUCAACUAUGAAAUUGUAAUCAUAGAUGAUGGCAGCCCAGAUGGAACAAGGGAUGUUGCAGAACAGUUGGAGAAGAUCUACGGGUCAGACAAAAUUCUUCUAAGACCACGAGAGAAGAAAUUAGGACUAGGGACUGCAUAUAUUCAUGGAAUGCAGCAUGCCACAGGGAACUACAUAAUCAUCAUGGAUGCAGACCUCUCACAUCAUCCAAAAUUUAUUCCUGAAUUCAUUAGGAAACAAAAGGAAGGUAAUUUUGAUAUUGUCUCUGGAACUCGCUACAAAGGAAAUGGAGGUGUAUAUGGCUGGGAUUUAAAAAGAAAAAUAAUCAGGUUAUACCGAAAAGAAGUUCUACAGAAAUUAAUAGAAAAAUGUGUUUCUAAAGGCUACGUCUUUCAGAUGGAGAUGAUUGUUCGGGCAAGGCAGCUGAAUUACACUAUUGGUGAGGUUCCGAUAUCAUUUGUGGAUCGUGUUUAUGGUGAAUCCAAGUUGGGAGGAAAUGAAAUAGUCUCUUUCUUGAAAGGAUUAUUGACUCUUUUUGCUACUACAUAAAAGAAGGUUAUUCAUUUAUGCUUUAUGUUCAUUUCAAUUUAAACAUAAAAGAAGCCUGGUUACUGAUUUUUAUAAAAUGUACUCUUAGAGUAUAAACCAUAAGGUAAGGUCGAUUUCAUGCAAAUCUUUUUUUCUGAAGAACGUCUUUUAUAUUUCAAAUUAAAUAAUUUUAAAGUUACUGGCUUAAUGAGCAAUGUUCUUAAUUUACAUUCUGCUGUAUUAAGACCUAUAAAUAAAUACAUAUGGGUUUUUGUAUAAAAUAUUGCUGCUUUCAUUAGAGUAUGUGAAUGCAGAAUUUCUUACAUGGGGAAUAAUUUUAAAUAUUCUUUAAAAAACUGGAUUCAUAGUGCUUUAUACCUGAUAGAUGUGAGAAGAGGAAUGUUAAUUAUAUUCAUAAAAUAUAUGAACUGAAAAAGAACACACCUUUGCCCUUUCCUCAAAAAUUACUUUAAAUUUCUUAAAGCAGAUAAAAUAAUACAUUUAGAACAGACUUUAGAGGUGGAUUAUUUUCAGCUGUUGAAUUGAUGAAGCAUUUUGUCUACCAAAAGAAGUGUAUUUAAAAUAUCUAUUGUGAAUUGGAAAACAGUCUGGCAACAGUUAAUUACAUCACUGGGUUUUUUUCCUCUUGAGCAAUAACUCUUUUCAUUUUUUAGCAGUAGCCUCUAUCAGUAAGGAAAAAUAUUGAUGGCAUUGAGGCACAAACUUAGCUGCUAUAGUAAUUUUUAAACAUCCUACUGAAUUAAAUAUUUUUUUCUCAAAGCAAUUGUUUUUAUAUUAUUUCAAGACCCACCCUCAACAAAGCUUACAACUCUAUUAUAAACAGCCAUCUCUUUCUUCUUUCAGAAAAAUGUUCGUCCAGUUAAAAUUCAGGUUAAGUUGUACAAUAAAGCCAGUGCAAAUAUUACAUUUGCCUACCUUCAAAAAGGAUCAAUUAAUUUCUAACUGUAGCAUAGCUUUUGGAUCAUGCAGUAUUUUUAAAAAUUGAAAUAAGGACAUACUUUGAGUAAAUAAGCUUAAGAUCAAGUUGACUUUCCUUUGCAAAUAAAAGGAAGAGGUGUCGCUAAGUCACUUAAUAGUGGUAUUUAGUGAACAGUAUUCCUAAUUACUCAUUUUCCUGGCUACAUUUGACUGCUUAAGAAAUUGAAAGUAUGCUUUUUAAAAUUUGCAUUUCUCUGACGGAUCCUACUCUAGAAAUUAGUCCCAGAUUGUAAAGCCUGAGGUGUCAUUUCGCACGUGAAAACCUAUCCCACGCCUGUCAUUGAGACCACAGCACACAUUCUAGUAAGUGCUGCCACCAUUCCAUUUCCCUUAUAUCCAGAGCUGUUCACCUGGGACCCGCCUUCCUUGGGAAAGUGACUUACCAUUAAUCACUAGAAAAUCCAUCAGUAUGUGAUGCAGUUAUUUUUAAGCUAAAUUAAUAGAAAUGUUGUAUUCUCCGGUUGUUUGGAGUUUUAGAAUCUUUUUAACCUAAACCCCAAAUUAAGUUUUCAUUGUCAAGUAUGUGGAGCAGAAAUUAAGUAACCACCUCAGAGAACCCAGUCUAAAGUAGAGAUAAUAUUGCCUUCUCACUAGAGAUGUAAUGUUUGACUUUUUAAGCUUUUCCGUUCUGCCACUGUCAUUAUUACAACAUUGUCACUAUUGGGAUUUACAGUAAAGAGAGUGAGCAUUGAAGACUCUCUGACCAUUUGGAAGUCAUUUAGAAAAGAAUCUGGACUAUUUCGAUACGUUUUUGUAGUGAAUCUGGUGCUGUGAACACUCUUAACAUUAAACAUUUACAUCUGAA